AUGUCGACCCCAACCACGGUAGCCCGAACCGUGUUCGCGGUGCCGAUCACCUUCACCACGACUGUGACUCUAGCCUUUCCGACAGGAACAAUCUCCAUCGAUCUCAAUGGAGCGUCCUCGACGACCUCACCAGCACCCGCCCCCACCAUCACAAGCUCCGUCACACCAUCCAGUGCUCAGGGCGGGCUCAGCGGCGCGUGGGCCAUGCCAGCAAUCUGGGUGCUCAUCGGAUAUUGCGCUGUCAGUUUGGUCCUCGUCUACAGUCUGUGUGCUGGAGGCUGUCUUCGCGGAUUCGAUCUCGACUGCUCGGCACAAGCACGCCAAGCUCGUCGUCGUGAGCGGAUGCACCGCAGAGAGCUCGAACAGUUGCACGCAGAAGAGGCGGAGAGACGCCUGGCCUAUGGCGCGCAUCCUGAUCCAGAGUGGGCUCCGCGCGUGGACCCCACCGAAGCGGCCACCAUGCCUCCGCAGAGUGAAUCAGGCACGUUGCUUUCUACUGGACUCGGUCAGGGCAACGAGGCAAUGAUGGCGGCCCAUCAACAAGCACGCGCUCUCAAUAGCGUGAACCUCUCGGAGCACCAACUUCGCGAGCAGCGCAUUGCAAGUGCCCUCACUUGUCGAGAUCCAUCAGAGCCUGCGCCGCUCCUAGCGAUGCGUCCUAUGAAUGGCGUCGGCACCAUCGUGUACUUCGAAGAAGUGCGCCGUGAACCCGACGAAGUGCGACGCGAACCUGACGAAGUGCGACGCGAACCUGACGAAGAUCAGAUCUCUGUCGAGUACGCCGCCGAUCUGGAGAGGCACCGACAGUAUCGAGCCUCUCGCAUUCGCGAAAUGGAGUUGCAGCGCAGCUCGUCGCCAAAAUAA